GUGUCGGUCGUAGAAUGCGAAACCUUCGCCACGUCUCUUCUUUCGGAUUCCUCGAGCAAGGAAAGACGCGAUUCCAAUCUAGGGUUUUAGAGUAGUUCGGUGAAGAGGAAGGAAUGGAGACGGACGGGCAGAUUAGAGUCCGAAGGAGGCCGACGAAGCGGCGGAGGAGCAGGGGAUUCGUCAAGGCCGUGGCGGAUUACCUCGCGUCCGAUUGCUACAUGUACGCCCCUAUCCUCGACGUGCCGCCUCCCGAUUUGCCGCCGUCAUCUGCCGCCUGCUCUCCUCCCACCACAGAAAUCAGAACCAACAGAAGCAUCAGCUGCCACACUGAGAUGGUUUCUGCGCCAUCUGAUAAAAGGGUGUCCGUAGUGCAGUUGCAGAGGCUGAUCUCAAAGUGACACUGCAAGUGCCUGCUAUCAAAGACGGCCACCAGUGUGUAUAAGUUUCUUGCUAAUGCUUUUUUGUUGAGAGCCUGUUUAAUGUUCUGCUCUUGUUAGUGUUUUAUGCUUUUGUUGUUCUUGUCUUCGCAAAAUCUUAUUGUUAUAUAAUUCCAAAUCUUAUCCAUAAACUCCAUAAUUGUGAUGUAUAUAAUGGUUUUUAGUUUUUAUUUCUUUUA